GAGAUAUUUUCGGAUUUCACUCAGACUUUCAUGACGCCUCUGUUACCCAACCCUGUCUGUAAUUAUGUACCUUCCCCUAGCGCGUGGAUCCAUCAUAAUCUGCGUAAGUCUUGGGUUUACUGCGGUGUUAUUCCUUUAACCUUCAUAUUCUCGUGGGCUGCUACAAAAGUAAAAACUACAGACUGAGUGUUCAAGGAUAAUGUGGCGUCUUGAGAGAUAGUUGGAUUGGAAAUUGAAGGGGUUAACGGUUUCUUUUCGCUACCCAAGAGUUCUUCUCCAGAGAUGAUGUAAUGCGAAAUUACAUCUCAUACUGACGUAAGUUGACGUAUUGCCCUAAAAUCAGUCAGCCCUUCCCAGGUAGCAAGUUUCGUCCGGUCGUUAAUCACUCAAUUAUUUGAAACUCAUCUUUGUUACAGAAGAUGCCCCACUAUAAAAGGACAGAGUUCGAAGAAGAUGAAACUAGUAACACCAAUAAUUUCUCAGCAGAUGCUCCCACAGCAGGAGGUGUGGGGUUUGGGAGCAGUCGAGGGGAAAUUGUGGGAGGAAUGCCUGAUGUACGUUACCCUCACCGCAAACGAAAUUUCUGGCAGAGGGCUUCCCCCUUAGAAAAACUCCUGAUGGUAAUAUCGCUUACUUUGGCACUAGCAGUGAUCAUCCUGUCAGCCAUCUUGGGUGCCCAAUCACAAUCGUUGCCUUUGAAAGUAGUCCACAUUACUUCAGAAAAUCAGAAACUUCCGCUUAAAAAUGAUAACAAAUCCGGUGCCAUGACCAGCCAAGGACUCCAGUUUCGAACUAUUAGGGAUGUCAUUAUCUCAGCUAGGUCGAUAAUAGAAAAAGGGAGUGUCCCGUACUGCGUUACUCCAGCGUGUGUCACAGUCGCCAGUGCCAUCAUUAAUGCUAUGGAUCAUACUGUGGACCCUUGUGACGACUUUUACCAGUACUCUUGUGGAGGGUGGAUUAAAUCCAAUCCAUUGCCCGACGGCAAAUCCAUCUGGGGAACUUUCGGAAAAUUAUGGCAGGAAAACCAGUUGGUAAUAAAGAACGUUUUAGAGGAUGAGACUAUACAACUCGAAAGUGAGGCAGAAAGAAAAGCUCGUACAUAUUAUUACUCCUGUCUCGAUAAAAAUGGCACAUUGGAAGAACUGGGAGCUAAGCCCCUCAUGGAUUUCAUAAAAAAAAUCGGUGGUUGGAACAUUACAGGGGAUUUUGAUGUUGACCAGUGGAACUUUCAAAACACUCUGACAAUGAUUCAUAACACCUACAACUAUGAAGGCCUUUUUUCAUGGAUUGUAGGGCAAAAUCAGAAGAACUCGUCCUACAACAUCCUCCAGGUGGACCAAGGAGGACUAAAUCUGCCCUCCAGAGAUUAUUAUUUAAACAAAACCCAAGAUGAUGAGGUCUUGGGAGCUUAUUUGAAUUAUAUGACAACAGUUGGAAGUUUGUUAGGGGGCGAUGAAAAUGACGUUCGCCGUCAAAUGUCUGAUGUUAUUGAAUUUGAGACAAAACUUGCAAACAUCACCAUACCAACUGAUCAGCGGUUAGAUGAAGAAAAGAUUUACCACAAGAUGACCAUUGGUCAGCUCCAAAAGCUUGCUCCUGUGAUCGACUGGGUGCUGUACUUUAACCAUGGGUUCAAUCAAAUCGGAAGAAAUAUUAAGAGUUCAGAGAAUAUUGUGGUUUAUUCCCCAGAGUUCUUGCAGGAUAUGUCAACUAUAGUUACUCAAUACUUGUCUACUCCUGAAGGCAAAACGAUCUUGAACAAUUACCUAGGGUGGUCUGUUGUGAAAAAUCUGGUUUCUUUUCUGUCCAAGCCUUUCAGGGAAUCUCCAGAGGGUUUACGAAAAGCUCUGAUUGGUUCUGAAGGUGUGCAAGCACCUUGGAGAUACUGUGUUGGAGAUACCAAUGAGGUGAUUGGAUUUGCCUUAGGCGCCAUGUUUGUUCGAGACGUUUUCAAUGGAGACAGCAAGGCUAAGGCAGAAAACAUGAUCAAUGAGAUAAAAAAAUCUUUUAAAGACAAUAUGCCUCUUUUAGACUGGAUGGAUGCCGAAACAAGACAUCUGGCUAAAAAAAAGGCUGAUGCAAUCAUUGAGAUGAUUGGAUUUCCAGAUUUCAUCUUGAGCCCUGAUAAAUUGGAUGAAAAAUACAAGGGGGUCACUUUUAUGGAGAAUGAGUAUUUUGAAAACAACAUUCGAUCCAGAAAGUUCUUUCUCAUCAGAAAUAUGAAACGUUUGGACCAGCCAGUCAACAAUACAGAAUGGGAAAUGACACCCCUUGAGGUUGAUGCAUAUUACACUGCAACAAAAAAUCGAAUUGUUUUUCCAGCUGGAAUUCUUCAGAGUCCAUUCUAUGAUACAGAAUACCCUAAGUCACUCAAUUUUGGGGCUAUCGGAGUCGUGAUGGGGCAUGAAUUGACACAUGCUUUUGAUGACCAAGGCCGAAAGUAUGACAAAAACGGAAACUUAAAACAGUGGUGGAAGAACAAGACAAUUGAGGAAUUUCUGGAACGAACAAAGUGUUUUAUUGACCAGUAUUCUUCCUACUCAAUAAAUGAUGAUCAUGUUAAUGGAAAACAAACUCUUGGAGAAAAUAUAGCAGACAAUGGUGGUAUCAAAGCAGCUUUUCAUGCCUAUGAAGAAUGGAGUAAUUCUCAUGAGAUGGAGUCACCUCUACCAGGUGUUAAUCUUACACACAGACAGUUGUUUUUCGUAGGAUUUUCUCAGGUCUGGUGCUCAGUGAGCACUCCUGAAUCACAACACCUCCAAAUUCUGAAUGACUUGCAUAGUCCAGCAAAGUAUCGUGUCAUUGGAUCUUUGUCUAACUCCUAUGAGUUUGCACAGGAAUUUCAAUGUCCCAUUGGUAGCUACAUGAACCCCAGCAAAAAAUGUGAAGUUUGGUGAUAUUGGAAUACUUUUUUGAUGCAGAACCAUAUAAAAUUACAUCUAUUCAAAAUGUAGAACUUUUCAUGUUAGCCUAAAAGGGAAACUGAAGCCUUAAAUCUUAUAUCCAGAAAGACAUCGCCUGAUAUUAUGUUUUUGCCAACCUUUAACCUGUAGCCUUCCUGGAAAUUACGGAUGUCCUGUCAUCGAUAUUCUGACCGAGUUUUCUGUGUUUAUUUUUCUUAAGUUAUUAUCCAUUGGAAACGAAAUUGUUAAGUAAAUGUUGCAAUACGAGUAUUUUGUUUUGUAAUUUUUUACGAAUAUUACUUACUUUUUAGAUUUUAUUAUAGAAGUUGACGUUUUUCACUUUAAUAAUCGAGAUCUAAUAGUGCAUGUUAAAUAAUUUAUUUUAGCAAUAUUAAAAUAUUGGAUAUAUAUAUAUAAGUAUAUAUUUUAUAGAUACACGUAUAUAUAUAUAUGUAUAUUCAGAGAAAUGGACUAACUGUUGCUGUUUUCUGUAAAUCUUGUACAAUGUUAUUACACUGGCUUCAGUUAGAAUGUGAUACGUAUCUGUACCUCUGAAAUGUUUAAGUUUGAACUUUACAAAAGUUAGCAAAUGUUAAACAUUUUAGCUUGCAGUACAUUCAAGUCCUUUAUUUUGGUUUAAGGAUUAUUAUUUUUUAGAGUACUGUUUAUAAUAUAAAUUCAACUUAAUAGUCUGAAUAUGUUGUACACAGUGCUGCUAUGUAUCUAGCUGUGGAUUUAAAGACCACAA